AUGGCAAGGACAUUCAAAUGGGCAAAGGAUGCCUACGAAAGCUAUGAGCACAGCUAUGGAGUCAUGGCAAUGACAGAUAGCCUUGUGGACAGGCUUUGCAAUGAGAACAAGACGCUGAGAGGUGAAGUCAAUGAGAUGAAGAAUCAGAUCGCCGAGCUACAGAGAGGUGCAGAAUCAGAGGCAGCAACCUUUGACCCAACUGUGCCUGUUUCCGAAGCACCUGGUGAGCUGACAAGGAUUCACGAUACUCUUAGACAGGAGUUGAAUUCCUUUCUUGCCAGAGAGAACUGGGAAGAAGCAGCUGAGAUUCAACGGUGCAUCAUGAUGGUUUUGGACAGUCUGAACAUUGGACAACCCCUGGAACGAGGAGCGAGAAUCAGGUUAUACCAACAACUUGGAGAUCGACUGGAGCAUGUAGCUGAUCGCCAAAGAGUCAGCAAUGAAGCUUUGAUUGCAGAAAGAUUUCAAAGAUAUGCCAACGAAUUGAGGGAGAACGCAUUUGCUGAAUGA